AUGCACGCGGUGGGCCUGCACUCGGCGCUCGCCAUCCGCCGCGAGCGCAAGCGCCGCGCUGAGCAGCAGCGAGCUCGCGAGCGCCGCUACUCGCUACAGUCCUCAGAGUCGGGAGUCACCUCCCCACAUUGCUCCACGGGCAGCUUGGAGAGACGUCGCUACAGAAAACCACACCCUACCGAAAAUGAGGUCGUCUCGACGGUCGGUAUGCUUCACCUGGGAGUGGUGUUCCUCGUGCUCGGCCUAUUCCUGCUCGGGUCCGGCUUUCUGCCGGAUAACGUAACGUCAUGGAGCACAGUCGGCUCUGUCAGCUGGUUCAAUGAAUUGGUCUGCUCCGGCAUGUUCGCGGUGGGAAUUGGAGUUUUUCUGAUUGUUCUGCACAAAUAUUUGAUGAAGAGUGAGGAAGACGCCCUAGAGGAUUAUGUUCAGAGACAGCUGACAAGGUCCCGUUCAGGUCACCGAUUAGAGAGGGACGCGGAGACUGGUGGCAUGCGCACGAAAAACGCACGCCGUGCACGUGCUACUGAGGUGUUACCGGAGACAGUGACGGAAACAUACACGGAGCCGCCACCAGAGCGCGCGCACGGGUUCGUCAAUGCGCUAGCGAUGAAUGGUGACGCCAUGCGCGAGCUGCCACUAGAGCAGAUCGUGGAGGAGGAGAUCUCGGUGGCGUCGGAGGGCGGAGGUCGGCUCGGCAAGUUCAAUAAGGACACGUACUCCUCGCCGUCGGUGGCGCCCAGCCUCAGCCCCGGCUCGCCGUCUGACACGCGCGAGCUACUGUCCGACGGCCGCUACAUGAUCAUGUCACGCAUGUGA